UUAUUAAAGAUAGUAUUUUGCUAUCAUCCUUCAUUAUGGGUCAUUGUAUCACGUGAAUGGCAUGUUUUACACAUACGUGACGCACAAAGGAAAGAGUUGGACGAACAACUGAGCAUUUUAGUCUCUGUUCAUUCGUAUGAGACGUGAAUGUUGCUAUGAGACCGAAGGGAAGAGGGGAGUCACUGUAAGAGAAGCCCGCCAUGUCCGGUCCCACCUGGCUUCCACCGAGGACUCUGGACAGCCCAGAGCGAACCGUCCCCCAGAUGUCCCACUCUGCUGCAUCAGCAAUCUACCGAGUCCCCAACAAGAAGGGCGGGUCUGACUUCCGGCUGAAAUACGGUGCCUAUGACCAGAAUGGAGGAGGAGGGGGAGGAGGAGAGAUGGCCAACAGGUACAUGGCUACUGGACCCACAGUAGGCGGACCCAUUCAUCAUCCGUCUAGCGAACACUAUUACUCCCCUCCCCAUGGUCCCAAGGAAGACCGCAACUGGAGCCCUCACAUGGACAGCUACGAGCUGAUGCAUCGUGGAUCUGAAAAGCCAGUGAGCUAUCCCUCUAAAAUCGAUGCUGAUAUUGACUCCCUCACAAGUAUGCUUGCUGAUCUGGACAGCCACCCACAGGACUCCAGCGCACAACUGUACGACAAUGUGCCUUACAACAAAUACCUCUCAGGGGAUCACUACAAGCCUGCACACCAGAGCGCACCCCCUCCUCAGGGUCGGCCAUCCAUGGGCUACCCCCCUCACCCCCAGAGUCAAUACCACCCGGCGCCCCCCUACCCCAGUGAGCACCAGACACCUCAGUACUCCACUUCCCACCAGCAGGACUACUACUCCUCUUCAACCCCUAAACCCUACCCUCAGCCCGUUCCAGCCUCCUACACCACCGCCUCAACUCCUACCGGGCCCAGGUUCAGCGUCCAGGUCAAGACGGCACAGCCUGUGACCUACUCGCAGACGGGUAGGCAGGCUGAACAGGCCUACACCCCGCCCCCUCCUCGCCAGCAUGUGUCACGCCCCCCACCCCAGACUCAGGCAAGUCCUCAGGGCUGGUACCCUCCACACCCCAGUUCACAAGCUCAGGAUUUGCACUCUGAGGCGGGCUACAAGGGAAGUGGUUUAGGGUCUGGAGGAAGAAUCAACCAGGUUCCGAUGUCUAAGAGAGGGAUGGAAAAUAAUCAAACUGGGUCAGGAGCUGCACAGAAUCCUGCUUAUCAGUCCAACAAGCAGGGGAUAGCAACAACCAGGCCUGAGGAAGAGUUGGAUCGACUCACCAAGAAGUUGGUGUAUGAUAUGAACCACCCACCUGCAGAGGAAUAUUUUGGUCGCUGUGCACGCUGCGGUGACAACGUGGUCGGUGAUGGCAGCGGCUGUAUCGCCAUGGAGCAGGUGUUUCACGUGGAGUGUUUCACGUGUAUCACCUGCCACGCCCGUCUCCGAGGGCAACCCUUCUACGCCCUGGACAAGAGGAGUUACUGCGAGAGUUGUUACAUUAGUACACUAGAGCGCUGUUCAAAGUGCUCCAAGCCCAUCCUGGACCGUAUCCUGCGGGCCAUGGGAAAGGCCUACCAUCCUCGCUGUUUCACAUGCGUGGUUUGUAACUGCUGCUUGGACGGGGUGCCCUUCACCGUGGAUGCCACCUCUCAGAUACACUGCAUAGAGGACUUUCAUAGAAAGUACGCGCCUCGCUGCUCGGUGUGUGGUGAGCCUAUCAUGCCUGAACUGGGCCAGGAGGAGACCGUCAGGAUAGUGGCUCUGGACCGUAGCUUCCACGUCAAUUGCUACGUCUGCGAGGAAUGUGGUCUCCUGCUGUCGUCUGAAGGGGAGGGUCGAGGCUGUUACCCGCUGGACGGCCACAUCUUGUGUAAAAGCUGCAGCGCUCGCCGCAUCCAGGACCUCUCGGCCAAAAUCUCCACUGACUGCUAACAAACCACCUGCAUCAGCGCCACCGUUUCAGCACUCUCACUCUCACAAAUCCAUUGACAGCCAACAUAUUACACAUGACUGAUGACUGAUAUCACAGACAGGAUAUGCCCCUGCUUUGUUCUGUCAAGUGAAUUACUUUUUUGUUUUUUCUUCGGUUCCUCUGAUUAAGAAUGGACAAACUUUGCUAUAGUUCCCUCUGUUGGUUUGCAGCUGCAAGUCCAUUCACAGAAGAACAUUUUCUGUUUUAGUGUUAAUGAUUCAAAUAAGAGAGUUGCGACGGAGCAACCACUUCACUAAUCUUAUUUCAUUCAGAUGUCCUAACACAUCUUUCUUUUCUUUUCUUUUUUUUUUUUUUGGUACACCGCUACCCCGCUACCCCGCUUUUCAUGUUCAGCUCAGUAUUAGUACGACAAUGGCCUGACCUGCAGGCAGCUUGGGCUCCACUUACCAUUUAUUCACACCGGUACUGCUCACCUAGUAGCUUGCACAUUGUUAUCACUCAGAUUAUCACUGUCAAAGACAAUGAAAGUAUGGAGGGGUAUUCCAGAUUUAGGCCUAAACAUUAGUAUUUUUGUCGAGAAGUGGCAUAAAUGAAAAUUAGGACAAUGGCUCGUCUAGACCCGUCCAAGCGAUGGGCCCUGUACAUUUGUAAAACACUAAACGUCAAAUUUCAGAACUGCCUCAAAACAAGCAUUUUUAAUAGCACAUAAAGCAACAACUGUGACUGUACAUAACAGACUGGUUUGGAGAGCUUGUAGCCUUUAGUGCAGUGAAUCUUUGCAGUGAGUAGUCUCAUAGAACGAGAUUGUAGACGAAAGGAAUGUGUAGUUAACUUUACAACCUACAACCCCAUAUUUUUUUCUUUUGAACUUUUACUGAAUUCUAGUUCAAUAUUUGCUUGAACACACUGCAUUCGUGUCAAUAUUCAAACAUUGCAAUAUUAAGUUGUUUAGUUGAUCAAUCAAAGCUCAUAACAGGAUAUUUGCCUUUUUUUUUUUUUAAUCAUCAUGAAUAACAUGCUUGAAUGUCUACGAUACACAAUCUUGCUUUGGUUUUUGUUUUAAUAUUUGUUGUUUGGUUGAUACUUGACUGUUACAUUGAAGAUGAUGGUGCAAUGAAGUCAAAUGCUUUCUUCUGUCUAAAGGAAAACAGGGUGUUGGUCACACAUGCGGCUUGAAACCAUCCUACUAUAUGACGCUUGAGCCUCAUGUGAAGAGUCUUUAUAUGGGCGGAAAGUAUGAAACUGAAGUUGAAGUAAGUUUAAAAGCAUAUUGGGUCAAUUCACUUACUUGAGAAGUACUUUUACAUACUGGUUAUUUACAUUAGAUGAAAUAAAAGUGGAAUAUAAUGUGAUGUUUUUCCCUUGAAAAAAUGGAUAGUGAUUUUUGGAUUACAAGUCUUCACAUGUGGAGUUUAUUUUUGUUCAUCCUUGCACUCUCGUGGGCCAAGUUGUCAUAUUUUGAGACUUUAGAGCGAUAGUAUUUGUUAUGAUUGUGUUCAACCGCUGUCUUUCCGUCCUCGUUUUGUAUGUGUGUUACUUAAAGGGCUAGAAAUUUGAAAGCCUUACCUCAAGGAUGUCAUUCAGUUUCAUAAUGACUUUUUUGAAACUGGGUUUGUCUGUGAAUUCUGCUUAUUUUGUGACAGAACUUAAUCCUGGUUAAGCGGUUCAGUUUUCAUCUCCUGUUAAUUUAUCUCAUUGUGUAUAUACUGCAUUAGCCUUAUUCUGCUUUUUAUCAUCAAUGUAAUCAUUUCAUUAUUGCUCAGAUGUGUCCUUUUUAAAGUCCCGAAUCAUGCCAACUCAUCCAUUUAUCAUCCUUAUUGUAUGUUCCAUUUGAAAGGCUAUGAAUUAAGGCUUGUAGGUCAAAACCCACGGUACUGCAGCAGACUUCGGUCCGCUGAUGAAUUCACACUGAGAAGGAGGAGGCCAUUUUGUACUGAAUAAACAGGUUUUUGAAGUAGAAAUGACAGUUAGUUACAUGAAUGGGAGAACAUGUGAACCCAAGGGUGGAUUUACUCCUAAUGCAGGUUGUAGUAACAUAAUUGAUUAUUAAAAUAUCAGCAAGUUCA